AUGAGAUUUCUGAUCACUUUCGCCGCCGUUCUCGGCUACGUCUCCGCUGGGGCCAUCGUCCCCCUUGCCUACGGCGCCAACGCCGGUGAUGUCCAGGCCGCGGUCAUCGAUGCUACCGUCGCCGCCCAGGACCACGCCCGUGCCAUCGGCGAGAGCCAGGCGCGCGCCGCCGAGGCAGUCCGUCAAGUGGCUGAGACCAACCGGGACCUUCACGAGACCGCUUACUGGAACAACGUGGCCGCAUCGCAAAACUAUGUCGCAGCCGCCCAGUCCCAGGCUGCAGCCCUGAACGGAGCCGCCCAAGCCUACCGCGCUGCCCACCUCGCCGGUCCUGCCUACGCCCCUCUAGCCUACGCCGGCCUCAACGCUUACGGCUACGGACCCUACGGUCUCGGCCUUCACGUCUUGUAA